ACCGCCCCGCGCCCCGUCCCGCUCCGCACCCUGCUCCGCCCGGCGCGCCGUUCCACACCGCCCCGCGCCCCCUCCCCGCCGCAGCGCCCCUCCCCGCUCCGCCCCGCCGUACAUAAGCGCUGUCGCCGCAGCCGGUUCUGCUCCGCCGCAAUGAGCUACAGCGCGGAGCCGGCGGCGUUGGCCGCGUCCUACCGCCACCUCUUCGCGGAGGCCCCGCGGCGCCCCGAGGGGACAGCGGGCCGGCGGGCGCUCCCCGCCGCGGAGCCGGGGUCGGGGCGCGCCAGCGAGAAGGAGCAGCUGCAGGGCCUCAACGAGCGCUUCGCCGGCUACAUCGAACGGGUGCGGGCGCUGGAGGAGCGGAACCGGGCGCUGGCGGCGGAGCUGUCGGAGCUGCGGCAGCGGGCAGAUGAGCCGCGCCGGCUGAGCCAGGCGCUGGGCGGGGAGCUGCGCGCCCUGCGCGCCCGGCUGGAGGAGGCGCACGGGGAGCGGGCGCAGGCGGCGCUGGAGCGGGCGCGCCUGGCCGAGGAGACGCAGCGGCUGCGGGCGCGGUGCGAGGAGGAGGCGCGGGGCCGCGCCGAGGCGGAGCGGGCCUUGCGCGCCCGGCAGCAGGCGGCCGACGGGGCCUCCCGCGCCCGCGCAGACCUGGAGCGGCGGGCGGCGGCGUUGCGGGAGGAGCUGGCGGCGCUGCGGGGCGCCCACGCCGAGCAGCUGGCCCAGCUCGAAGCCGCGCUCCGCGCCGCCGCCGCGCCGGUCACGGCGCCGGCCCCGGCGGGGGGGACCGACCUGGCGGCCGCGCUGCGGGAGCUGCGGGCCCAGUACGAGGCGCUGGCGGCCCGCAACUUGCAGGCGGCCGAGGACUGGUACCGCGCCCGCUGCGCCCGCCUCCACGAGCGGGCGGCCCGCAGCCAGGAGGCCGUCCGGGCCAGUCGCCGGGAGGCCGGCGAGUGCCGCCGCCAGCUCCAGGCCCGCCUGGCAGAGAUGGAAAGCCUGCGCGGCGCCCAGCAGUCCCUGGAGAGGCAGCUGCAGGAGCUGGAGGAGCGGCACAGCGCCGAGGCCGCCGGCCUGCAGGACACCAUCGGGCAGCUGGAGGAUGACCUGCGAAACACCAAAAACGAGAUGGCUCGGCACUUGAGGGAGUACCAAGACCUGCUCAAUGUCAAGAUGGCCCUUGAUAUUGAGAUAGCUGCCUACAGGAAGCUGCUGGAGGGAGAAGAGACCCUCUUCAGCAUGGGAAGCAGCAGUCUUUCAACGCUCAAUCCCCUCCCCAACCCCACUUACUCCUUUCAGCCAAGAGGCUUUAGUUCCUCUGUUCUGUCCUUCAAGGAGGAGGAGCAAGGAGAGGUUAUCAAAGUGACCUCUAAAAUAUCAUCCACCAAGAAAAGGGGGAGAUUAAACCUGCAUGAAGGAAUCAUUGCAAAUGCAAAGAUUUAACUGUCAGGACCCUGUCUGUUUUGCAUUUGAGAGGGAACAGUCUCCACUUGGCCUUUAAAUUGCCUGCUGGGCUUGUGGGAAGACCCCUUAGAAACACAUCACUCCCCAGUGACAGUGACCCUGGGGCAGCUUCCCCAUGGGUCCUGCUGCAUGUGGGCCAAGCUUGGCACACUGCUCCCCUUUAAAUGAGGCUGAGGCACGGGCAGGCAGCCAGAUGCAUGUUGGUUGUUGUGGUGGCACAGUGGACUUGUAGCACCCACCAUCCCUCCCUCCUCCCACGAUGGGUGAGAGAGAGCUGUCUGGGACCACUGCUCAGGCUGGGCUCUCUGGGGAGGGAAGGGGCAGGGGAAUCAACUCAGCGUCUUUACUGUAACUAGUUUCAAGGCUACAGCCCACCUACUAUCCACAUCCAUGUAUAGGUAAACUUAUCCCCACUCCUCAAGCUGCAGCCAUCCAAUUUUAAUCUCAGAAGCACAGAAAUAGCCAUACUGAACUGUAACCACACCUGAGGUCUGUUCUCUGAUCCACUUAGGUUUUAAACUAUAAGGAAUGUUUAUGGGUUGGGUUUUUGUUUUGUCUUCACUGUUUUUUGGCAGCUUUAAUCCAGCCAGGCUCGUGAGGUUUGCUAGCAGCAGGCACAGGGCAGGGCACGUGAGAGGUGAAGGCAGCACCAGACCACAGGGCACAGCCUCUCACCUGGUGUCACUGCAUCCAAAAUGUCGGGGUCUGCAGGGCCCUUGUUUGGCUUCACAGCGGUCACAUGAAACUCCCGCACUGACAGCAGCACCGUGGCCCAGGCGGCGCUGGCACGCUGCAGGACUCCCCUACACCAGCCAUCCUUGUCUGUGCUCUAACCCUUCCAACACGUGCCAAAUUUGAUGUAGGACUUGCCACCGUAGGUUUCCUUCAAUGCCUUAAAGCUGCCAGCGAUCGCUUUCGCAAUUGUCAGAGGCUCCAGCGCCGUGUGCUGCGUGUCAGUGCCGCGGCCAGCUCACCCUCACGAGCCCUUCCUGCCCUCACGGGGCUGCCAGGGCAGCUCCUGGAACCAGCACACGUUUGCUCGCACUCUUUCCUCUUCUAUUGUAAGGCACAAGUUAAUAAUUAAACAGAAAGAAACAGUUCCAUGGCUUGAA